AUGUCACUGGCGAGUAUUCAGAAACUUAUCGACCCUUCUGGUCAAAAAUGGCCGACUGUUGAAAUCAUUACCAGACCUACUGGCGCUAAGCCGCCCCUUCACGCUCUCGUCAUCGGCAUCAACAAAUACAAAGAGAACGUCCACCUCGUCGGAGCUGUCCCAGAUGCGUUGGCGUUCAAGUCGUACCUCACUGAUGAUCUACGUGUACCCGAGGAGCAGAUAACAUUACUUGUGGAUGAGCAAGCGACACGUGCCAACAUAAUCGAGGCUUUACAAAACAUUGGCCGGCCCGACAAUGGGAUCAGCCGCGACGAUCCGAUUGUAAUAUACUAUGCGGGACAUGGUGGCCAGGUUGACCCACCGCCAGACAAGACUGCCAAUACACUCCCAGUGCAGUGUAUCAUACCGCAGGACACGAGCAAGGAGAGUGAUGCGGUGCCUAUUCCAGACUUUACGAUAGGGGCGUUGGUACAUUGCAUUGCGCAAGAAAAGGGCAAUAAUAUUACUGUAAUAUUUGACUGCUGCCACUCUACUGUUGGCUCUCGAAAUAUUCCAGAAAAUGUCCGGUUUGUCGACAAGGCCGAUCUCCCUAAAUUGCCUUCAUCACUAGACGAAGAUAUCAUCCAAGCUACUUCCUCGGACUUUCAAGAUGUGCUCAAUCUACCUUCGCCUGAAAUUCUCUUUGGUGACCAGGACUCUCAUGUUACUCUAGCCGCGUGCGGAUACGGCGAGGCUGCAUUCGAAGACACAGUGGAGAAGCGUGGAUAUUUCUCCAGCGCACUACUCAAGCUACUACGAAGCGUUCAGAUAGACAGUUUAUCAUAUAGAAGAUGUAUACAACGACUACCACAACUUCUCACGAGACAACCUCAGAAUCCAGUCUGCGAGGGUAAACAUGCAGAUCGGAUGUUCUUCAACGCGAGGGUUCAAGGCCCCAGCGCAUGCUAUAUUCCCAUCAAGCCGGAUGCCGACGGGCUGUACCUCCAGGCUGGUCUUGUCCAUGGCAUCACUCCUGGCGCUACCUAUGACAUCCAUGCGAGCGACGUACCCGAUCCAUCGGACCCACCUCUUGCCACUCUCGAGGUCCACUCGGUGGAGCCGUUCGUAUCACACCUCAAGGGUACCGACGUACCCAACCUCCCUACCGUCUGCUACGGUCGCCAAGCAGACUAUGGCCCUAGCCGAACGCUAGAUAUACACAUCACUCAAGAGUUCGCCGAUGAAGCUGUGCCUAGCGAUGUUUGGGCCCGUCUAUUCAGGGGUAGUCUCCAUGAACUCGUAGUGAGACCCGUGGAGCCAGAACUGGCCUCGGUAAUCGUGUCUGUCAACUCGAAGAAAGAAACAACGUUUACGCUCAAAAACCCAGUCUUAGUAGAGCAUCGGAUUGAGACAUUACCUAGUCCCGACUAUCCUACUAUCCCUCCCGAGGCUGAACGGGUGAUCCCAGUUUUGACAUCCCUCUCUCAGUGGGACUGGCAUCUUCGUCACACACCCGAUGUCCGACCCUUCCAUAAAAUGAUUGACAUCGAGUUCUAUCAGCUUCAAAUGACCGGCGAGUAUACAGACGAAGGGAAUCCUGUGCUCGUGCCCGAGGGUAACAACCUGAACGCUGAUGGCGUAGCAGAUAUUAUAGCCAACUUGGAGAAUUACUAUGGAUUCAAGGUCGUCAACAGGUCGAGGGAGAACCUUUACGUAUCCAUGGUCGAUUUUUCUGGCCAGUGUCCAUCUAUUAGGGAACAUCCAGUUGCAGACACUCCCAACCCUACGAUUCCCGCAAAUGCCUCUUUGACGAUUGGAUAUGGCUCCGGUGAACAAAUGCCUCUUAUGUUCGCACUCAACGAUGAUCAAGACAUUGAUGUGAACUUUUUCAAAUUUUUCGUUUCGUCCCAUCCUAUCAAUUCUGGAUUAUUGGAACAAGGGAGUCCGUUUGGUGAUGAGCGUUGCGACCCCCCGGAGAGCAAAAUGAAGGAGCUUUUCGAGAAGGAUGCGUUGUGGGACGCGUUGACGAUAUCAGUUGUUCAAAGGGCGCACCCCAAAGAAGAAGAUCCUGUUCGCAUUCCACCACCCGAUAGCACAACCACUGAACCGCCUGCUGAGCCUGAGCCCACUACCGAGCCCACUACCGAGCCCACACCGGCACCUGCCCCCGAUCCCGAUCCUGCAGCCGGUCCCGGUACUGGGAUACCUUUUACAGGUAGAUCCGAGGAGCCACUUCAAGUUCAGGCUCGUUCAGCGGCUGUGGUAAACGGUGCUUGGUUCCGUACACCCGCCCUUACCAAGGAACUCAUCGCUUCGAUUCGCGGCAUGAUGCUGCGCACGUUCUCCAAGCAGCAAGUUCCUGCGGGGGCCACCGAAACCGAGCAAACUGGAGCGUACUACGAGAUAUCAGUGAUUGGCAACGACGACCUGCCAAAGCUUUUGUCCGACGAAACAGAGAUGAUCUACCGCUCUCACUCGGCUCCUUCAGACUCCGAAUAUAAAUGGGAGAAUGGGGUCGCGUUUGACGAGAGUCAUGAGCUGUGGAGUAAGCUGGAGCCGGGGGACUGUUUCGAAGUGAUGGUUGUGGCGCGGGGCAGAGGAUGGGUGAAUGAUGCGGACCGAGGACACUUAGUUUUCUGGUAA